AUGGCACGUUCGAAACGGACUCUAGCAGAGACAGACGCCAAUGCUGAGGUUGCACCUGCAUCGAAGAGAACUUCCACUGGAAAGGCGAGGUCAAAGGAAAACGACGCGAUUCAGCCGACAGCAGAUGAGAAUGAACCUGCUGUCUCCUCCACUGCAAAAUCUCCUGCCUCGAAGCAACAGACGCCCUCGAAAAAUAAAGAAGCCAAGGUUCCUGGAGACGCGGAUGGAAAGACUUGGAUGUGUCUAUGUCAUGUCAGAGGCAAGAGGUGUGGGUGGGACAAGAGUUGCAUGUGUGGCCGAUACGCAGAUGCCAACCCUGCAGAGACAUGGAUCGUCACAAAGAAAGGAUUCGAAUUGCACAAGGACUGGGGACUGGAGCAAUACCAACGGGACCAAGACAAUUUCAGGAUGCAUAUCUUCAGUGAUUGGAGUGGCUACGGAACCUGCGAAGUGAUGGAGAACAUGUUCCUGGCUUUCAACAAGGAGGUGAAGAAGAAAACCAAGGACAUCUGGGCCAUUUGGUCAAUCAUAGAAGGAAUGGCGCUGUUCUUGAAUAGACCAGCAGGUCUUGAACAGUGGUAUGGAAUCGAUGACUCGGAGGGAAAUGCAAAACGCGUGAUGCUCUUCGGUACCGCACUUCUGACGGCCAUCGACAUCCUCAUCAAGAAUAGCCUCUUCAAAUCCGAAAACUCGGAUAUCCGAAACAUCGCCUUGAUACUCGGGCACUUCCUGAACUUCGUGCAUGAUAUGAAAGAGAUGUGCGUGGCAAAUGAGGACGGAUGGAAAGCAACAGUGCUGGAGCGAGCUGACGAGCAUGAGAUCAAACCUUAUAUGAUCAGCAUCAACCACAUCGUUAGCGAAAUUAGAGAAGGUGAGGAUGAUGCCACGCCCGAUGAAGACGGGACGCCGAGGCCAGAAAUUGGCACACGUCGCGAAGGUCUUGAGAAUGCAGCGAAAAGCUAUGAGAGUAAGCCAUGGGUUGGGGUCAUUACGUUGGAGAGCCUCAAAGCCGGCGUGGAGAGAUCAUGGACGCACUGGGAUUGGGCUACCGAACUCCGUGCAUACUCCAAAGCCCAAGCUGUCAAAGUCGGGCCAUUCGGGCCCACCUACGGAAAGAGGAUCGGUGGCAAAUUCUAUGAUCUGACUAUAAAAGGCAGCCAACGUCAGAUGAAGCAAUACAGACUCGGCCCGGAGGAGAGCGACGAAGACAGGGAGUAA